UUGUUCGGUACGAACGAAGCCAGAAACCCCACCGUGACGACCAUCUGCGUUGCCGACGACGAGGGAGAAACGUCAUUUGCAACACACCAAGAGCGCGCGGGCAGCGCGCCAAGUAAGUCCGUAUACAACCUCCGACCGAGAAGGACGAAGCACAGUUUUUAGAGUAGUAGCAGGAGGAAGAAGGGAAAGUGGGAGAAAUAAAAGUAGAAAACGAACUUCGUCCAGGCAGUUCACCCGACGAAUUGCUCUCGCGCGGAUGAACAAAGCCGGCGAGUAGUCCCAGUUCAAGCGUUCCCGAUCCAACCCGUUCCGAGCCGAGCUCGCGAGCAAAUGCGUUUGCGCGCGUGUGUGUUUCACCGAUCAAAAAAGUGACGCAACGAGAAGUGUCGUCGGCCAUCCGAGGUGACGAACUUUUCCAGACGAAGCGCUGCGUCCCAGCAGCACAAACCAAAUCCUCGACGUGGGCUUCCGGCUAGCGGGAAGCGGCCAUGGAUCAAACAAUGAAGAAGUUGACAUAUGCGUUACAGCAGCGACACCUGGCGGAACAGAAGGUGGUUUUUGUAGAGGAUCUUGUUCUGGGUUUGUACCAACCCACGCUACCACAGCUGACAACCCUGUACGACUUCUUGUGUGCAGCGUACCGAGAGCACAGCCAGCACCACCUUACGAUCCUCGGACUCAUCCCAGAAGAGGACCUCGCUCAGCAGGAGGCUGAAUUCGAGAGGAACGAUGCGAGUUUCUACAAUGUUGCCACUGCGGUGGCAGAAAUGCAGAUCGAAGCAGAGAGAAAGCCAACAUCAACCCUGAUCGCGCAACGCCAGCAGCACUUGCAAGCAAAAGUAUGGCUGAAACAGAUGCAUAAGGCCUGGGAGGCCAACCAAGUGGACGUUCCAAAGCCUGCACCGAGCCACAAACUCCUCCAGAACCAACAGACUGCUCCCACGAGGCCGAUCGUCAUCGAUUCUGCCAGCGGACUUGUCGGCGAAUCCCUGACAAUCCAGAGCUCGGACCAGCCGAGUGCAGCCGAUUCCCGAUCAGCGAGGGAUAUCAACGCGAACCCGAAUGCGAACGCCAGGUCCGACUUGCUCGAGGCAACCAGUUGCGAGUCUAAGGUCGUCACCGCCGAAUCGGAGUCAGGCCGAGUGCAGCCAGCAAUGGUGCGAUGUUCCGACGACGAAGCCGACCAGCGCCGUGUCCGCAGCGAUAGCGGCCUCCAAUGUGGGGUCCAAAUCCACAAGCACAGCCAACUCCAGAUUUGCCGCCUCCGGAUCGGAUCUAUCCCGAACUUUGCGACGCUGAUGACCGUCCCGGAGAACCAACCGCUUCUGCAGGCCGCGGCUAGGGCACCAGACAAGUGUGAAGUUCCCUUUUCAAGCCACGUAACUCCGGACAAGAUCGCAGUCCACGAAGUCGUUUGGCGUCGUCCCGACGACUGGAGUCUCACCGGAGCGAGCGAAUCAAAAAAGUCGAACCACAAGCCAACAAGGAAUCCGCCAAAACUAGCGCCCCUCGAUCAGUGCAAGACCGUAUUACCACCUCCCAAACCCCUCCAGGAGCAGCAGACGGCAACUGCGGAGCCGGUCGCCAUCGAAUCCACCUACAAGCUUGGCAGCGAUUCCCGGCCAAGCCAGAACGCGGACCAACCGAAUUCAGUCGCCUCCCGACUAAGUGAGAAAGUCACCACGAACCCGAGUACGGACACCAAGUCCGACUUCCCCGAUGAGAGUAGCAGUGAGCCGACGCAUCCAACCGGACACUUAAAAUACGUCACCACCGAAACUGAACCCGACAACGUGCUGCCAGCAGUGUUCCCGUCCAACCAAGUUCCCCCACACAACAGCGAACUCAAACCAGAAGCGACCGUGAAGACUGAGCCACUACAACCUAAAGUGGUUCAAAAUUCCGUUCACCACGGCGAGCCAGAACAACGGCGUGUCCACAGCGACAGCGGUCUCCAGAAGAUGAACCUACCAGAAUCUGAGCACAAGCCGAACUGCUUCCAUCAGAACGGCAGUUACAACAUGGACAAGGCACCAGACAAGCGUAGACUUCCCUUACCAAGCUGCGUAAAUCUGGACAAAAGUGUAGUCCACGUCGAAGAGGAGCGUCCUCCCGAUGACUUGGGUCUCGCCGAAGAACCCGAGUUGAAAUGUAGCCGAUCAACCCAAUCCCGAUCCCACUCCGAGCCUGCAUCGUCAGAAGUGCACGUGGUCAACCAGUCGAGAAAACGCCACAAGUCAGUAAGUAAUCUGUCCAACCUAACCUCGUACAAGAUCGCCAACGUAGACACGGGCCGUCGUGUGCCCAGCAUUCAGAUCACAAACUGCCAGAGGUGGUUCACCAUCUGGUUUCUGAUCGCUCAAGUGCAGAGUCAACCAGUCGCGUUGAAGUUCGUGAUCUACCCCCAAGGUAGCUUUGAUGAACCGCCCAGCCAAGAUGAACCGUUCCAAGUACGAGAUCAACUCAGACGUUUCCAGCGAACGGUCGAUCACCGGCGCAAGAGCUGGCAUUCGACAAUCCCACCGGACAAGUUGUCACGCGAUCCCGAGUCAGCUCAACCCAGCAAGCGCAGGAGCAACCUCCGAGAGUUUCACGCCGUUUUACCGGUCAUCGAAGACGUCGGCGAGCGACGAGAACCGGCGGACCAGUCCGCAGCCAUCCACCGGAAGCGUUGUGUGGGCCGAACCAAAGAGUUGAGGGACCUCAACGGGGGGAGUAUGUUCGGUACGAACGAAGCCAGAAACCCCACCGUGACGACCAUCUGCGUUGCCGACGACGAGGGAGAAACGUCAUUUGCAACACACCAAGAGCGCGCGGGCAGCGCGCCAAGUAAGUCCGCAUACAACCUCCGACCGAGAAGGACGAAGCACAGUUUUCAGAGUAGUAGCAGGAGGAAGAAGGGAAAGUGGGAGAAAUAAAAUUAGAAAA